AUGGACAUGACUGCGUACUUGGCUUGUCCCGUGUUCUCGUUUUGCGCUGUAUUAUUAAUCUUUUAUGAAUCCUAUGUUCGCGAUCUGGCUACAUUAUUGUCCAUCUAUCAAGACCACAGAUCUUUAAUCACUGAGACGAGUGCGCAUCAUAUGGCUCCUCUCGAAGCGCUUGAAGACUUCAUCAUAGGGUCAGAACGCUCCCAGUCGCAGUCUGAUCACUGUCCCAUUGACGUAGGCGUUGUGGGAGCGGGUAUUGGUGGUCUGACGGCUGCGAUUGCAUUGGCUAGAAGCUCACACAACGUCACGAUAUUCGAGCGGUCCAAGUUUUCCAACGAGGUGGGCGCUGCAAUCGUUGUAGCUCCAAACUGCUCUAGGAUUCUUGACUACUAUGGGUUCGAUUUCGAAAGAGCAGGGGCUACUGUCCUGACAGAGAUGGAGUUUAUCGAUGGAGCAACCUUGGCUGUGAAUCACCGGGUCCCGUGUGACCGUACGGCGGAAAAGUAUCACGGAGAGUGGUACGCACUGCAUCGAGCAGAUUUCCACGCCCAGCUGAGAUCCCAAGCUCUAUCCUACCCAAAUGUGCAACUUCAUCUAGAUGCCAAAGUUGAGAAGGUGGACACCUGUGGAGAUUYGGUUUUGAACAACGGCCAGACUGAACACAAAGAUCUCAUCGUCAUUGCAGACGGAAUCAAGUCUGAAUUCGCACAUUUGGUCGCAGGACAUCCGGUUAUCAACAAGCCCGCCGGGCUACUGAUCUUUCGAUUCUUGGCUGACACUAGCGAAAUUCUUGCGGAUCCCAGGACACGUUCCUUGUACGAGGCCAACCCUCAGAACAAGAUGUUUCUAGCGGCCCAUGAGGAGCUGAAAUUGAUCGGUUACCCUUGUCGAAAGGGUACACUUCAAAACUUCGGGUUCUUCCACAAUGAUGACUUACCAUUCAAUGAUGAAGUUUGGGACAUCGAAGCUACCAUGUUUGAUGUUCGAAAGCACAGCGGGCGCCUCAAUCCAGCCCUCGAGGCUCUAUGCGAACAUGCUACACAGCCCAGACAAUGGAGGUUGAUCGAACGCAACAGACUCAUCGAGAAUCUCACCAAAGACAGUGCAGUACUGAUAGGAGACGCUGCGCACCCGCUGCUACCAUUUCAGGGUCAAGGUGCCGGUAUGGCCAUUGAAGAUGCGGCUGCACUCGKCGUCCUGUUCUCGCAGCUCGCAUCCACCAAAGAGAUCCCGUCGCGGUUGGCGCUCUUUCAGGAACUCCGUAGAGACCGGGUUUGCGCGAUGCAAAUAUUCUCGAGACAGCAGCAGGAUAGCAUUUCCAUGCGCGAGGCGGAAAAGUAUGUCAGAGGAAAACUCCCGACAUGUCCCGCAGAUUACCAUGAGUUCGGCUUGCGACCCGAUCUGAUCAAAGACGCCAUUUCUAUGUUGCGAGAGCAUCUUGCGGCGGAUGCAUCGAGCUUGCGUCCCUGA